GCAGCCGUGGGCCCUUCUCCUGCACUACGGACGCCCUAGUAAGAAGUUUAUAUGAACGAGCUCAAAGCUGACGUAGUGGGAGUCGAACUGACUAAGCUUCGGCUCAAUAAAUAAUAAUCUGGGAAUAUUCUCAGGAUUCUACUUAGUUCUUUCUACCUGUCAAUUUCCUUCAUCCGAACCGACCGCGAAAAGAUGACUCUUACCUUAGAUCCCCCAAAAUCUUCUCUCCUAGAGCAGUUGAACUCUCCACCAAAGGCAUCUUUACAGAUCCUCGGGACACAUAUCACGAACGAACAGACCAAAGUUAUUGAUUUUGAUCUCUGGGUCGACUGUUUGAAAAUAGUGGGGAUCAGGUCUGGACAAUUCCUGACAAAUUAUAAAAGCGAUUGCCAGUCCUGGAAUCACUCCGCCAACGGUUGCAGCUUUGAGGCGAUAUUGGAUGGCUGGCUUAAUGAAUGGCUGGGAGAUCGUACUGAUGGGAGAUCCUGGACGCUUUCUAAAUUAGUUUCUUUCCCCGAUCACGAUUGCGCUGCGAUGAAAGCUCAUAUAGAGAGGCUGGCACGCAGAAUCGCCUACGGUGGGUCUGUCGAGGUAGUAUUUCACACUCCGUCAAUAGAGGCAGAUGCCUUACCGGAGAAACACGACGUGCAAAUUCGAGUGGAGUGGACUUUUGAUUGUCCAUUUACUCCCACAGAUCAGGUGUGGAACGAGUUGGUUAUGAACGCGAUGGUCGACCGCAAGAAGGGCUGGAUCUCUCUAAAUGACCCAAAGCGAUCCUACGGGAUGUCUCCAUUCCGAAGGGCUAUCAGACAUGGCAAUAAUUCCAGGAUUGUGUCGCAGGAGCAGAAUACCAAUGGGUUUACGCUCUCUGUACAGCAAUUCUCACGGUGGGGCUGUGACGGCUCACCAUGAAAGGAGUUAGGUCAAUAUGGACUAGCAGUGUUGUUUUUACUCUGGUCGCUCUGUUGUUGUUGUUGUUUUACCGUGGCUCUAUGUUCAUUGUUAAUGCAUUACAUUGUGUUAGAUGUUAUAGAAUGGAAGUUGUUAAACUAGGUGCUGAU